CAGGCCUGGCAACUCGGCUCCACUUUCCUAGCUCUUGUACUCGAAGCUUUGUUUGCCGGUAUUUAGUAUUUUAUGGGUACCGAAAUGUCAACAAAUCAAGCCGUAAAAGACUUUGUUGAGGGAGAGAUCUCCUCACACAAGGUGAUGAUGUUCUCGAAAACGUAUUGCCCCUUCUGCACCAAGGCGAAAAAGGCCCUCCAGAAGGCUGGGCUUCAAGACUUUCACGUCAUCGAAAUCGAGAAUCGCAGUGAUGGCGGAGAAAUUCAAGAUUACCUGAAUAAAAGGAAUAGAAGCCGAACUGGAUUGUACAUCGAAGUUAUGAGUACAAUGUUCCACAAGUUCAUAUAAAUGGGAAGUUCAUCGGAGGAGGCACAGAAACCGAGGACCUUGAACGAAGUGGAAAAUUGCUAGAGAUGCUGAAAGCCUGUGGUGCCUUGUAAAUCAGACAUCAAAUUUAUUGUCAGAUACUAUUUUAAAUGCAAUAAUAUUUAUUGAAUUAAAUUUCAAUAUUAUGUGUGA